CUCUCUCUCUCUCUCUCUCUCUCUCUCUCUCUCUCACAAAUGCACGCAGAGUCAUGAAACGUUGUGCAACAGAGUUAGCAACUCGAAUAAGCCGAGCUCUGAUCUAUGCCUCAAACCACACGAAACCACCUCGUACAUGGACUUCUUCGCUGGAGCAGACUCUGCACCAACUCGGUUGCCGCGACUCGCUCACCCCACCACUUGUCUCCCGAGUCAUCGACCCGUUCCUCCUCACCCACCACUCACUCGCUCUCGGCUUCUUCAACUGGGCCUCUCAGCAACCCGGUUUCUCCCACAAUUCCCUCACCUACCAAUCCAUCAUCAAGUCUCUCUCUCUUUCCCGCCAGUUCAGUGCCAUUGACACUCUCUUUAAGCAAGUCAGAGCUCACAAGAUUAAUCUUAGUUCUUCCGUUUAUGCUUCCCUCAUUGCUUCUUUGAUCGUGGGGAAGAAGACCCAGAAUGCUUUUUUGGUUUUUAGUGAAGUCAGCGCUGAAAUUCGAGAACUUGGGCCUGAUAUAUGUAACUCUCUUUUGGCUGCUCUUGCUUCUGAUGGGUAUUUCGAAUAUGCGGAUAAGGUGUUUGAGGAAAUGCUUCUUAGAGGUGUUUCUUUGAGCACUCUUGGGUUUGGCGUGUUUAUAUGGAGGUUUAGUAGAAACGCUGAGAUGGGUAGAGUUUUAAGCAUGUUGGAUGAGGUUAGGAGAGGUAGUUCGGAGAUUAAUGGGUCUGUUAUAGCAGUUUUGAUCGUUCAUGGGUUUUGUCAGGCUUCAAGGAUGUCAGAGGCUUAUUGGGUAUUGGAUGAGCUGAGAGGAAGGGGAUGCAAACCUGAUUUUAUGGCGUAUUGGAUUGUCGCGGAAGGAUUUCGGGCCAUGGGGAGUGUGCCUGAUACAGAGAAGGUUUUGAAAAAGAAGAGAAAGCUAGGAGUAGCUCCAAGGGCUAAUGAUUAUAGAGAGUUUAUAUUUGCUCUAGUUUCAGAGAGACGGAUUUGUGAAGCAAAAGAAUUGGGAGAAGUGAUUGUUGGUGGAAGUUUCCCGAUUGAGGAUGACGUGCUUAAUGUGUUGAUAGGAUCAGUUUCAGCAUUUGAUACUGGUUCUGCAAUCAUGUUUUUUAAGUUCUUGGUUGGAAAAGAGAGAUUUCCUACACUCCUGACUUUGAGCAAUUUAAGUAGGAAUCUAUGUAAGCAUGGAAAGACUGAUGAACUGUUAGAAGUUUUCCAGUUUCUGUCAUCUCAUAACUACUUCAAAGAUUUGGAGAGUUACGAUGUCAUGGUUUCAUUUUUGUGCAAGGCUGGGAGAGUGAAAGAAGCCUAUGGGGUUCUUCAGGAAAUGAAGAAGAAAGGAUGGGGCCCAGAUGUCUCAUCUUAUAACUCUCUCAUGGAAGCAUGCUGUAGGGAAGAUCUACUGCGUCCUGCUAAAAGGCUGUGGGAUGAGAUGUUUGCAAGUGGAUGUGGUGGGAAUUUGAAAACAUACAACAUUCUAAUUCAGAAAUUCUCAGAAAUAGGUCAAAUUGAGGAGUCUCAAAGGCUCUUUCACCACAUGUUGGAGAAAGGCGUGGUACCCAAUGCUACAACUUACACGUCCCUCCUAAGAGGGCUCUGUCAAGAAACAAAGUUAGAAGCUGCCUUUGAAGUCUUCAAUAAGUCUGUUAAACAGGAUAUGGUUCUUGCACAAACCAUAUUGAGUACAUUUAUACUAUAUUUAUGUAUAGAAGGUCAUUUUCUAGCUGCUUCUAAGUUGCUCUGUAGUCUCACUUGUGAUAUAGAACAUUCAGGCUCCCAUGUAAUUUUACUAAAAUGUUUAGCUGAUGCUAGAGCGGUUCCAAUUGCCAUUGAGCACAUUGAACAGGUUCAAAAGGCCUCACCUUCAACAUUGCAAGUUAUAUUUAAUGAACUUUUGGCAUCACUUUCUUCGUGCUCAAAACCGGAGGCAAUUUUACAGUUGCUUCAAGCAAUACAGGAGAUGUCUAAUUUCCAGCAAUAAUGGUACUUGGAAGAGUAUGAUGUGCAGCAGAUAACUCUCUUAAUGUUACGCUGGGAAGCACUAACACCUCAUUUGGGUUGCCGUGUCUGUGUCUAACACAUAUUGGACACCGGACACUAAUGGGACAGGGUCGGGGUGUAUUUUGAUUUUUGAAUUUUGUUAUAGUAUUAUCCAUUAUUGCUCUUAAAUUGAUAUAUGU